AUGCAAGGGAGAAGAGAGAACUGUCUUAAGGGGCAGGUACCACCCAAUCCCCAGGUCCCAGCUCGCCCCAGCCCCUCCCAGGGGCGGGGCUCCAGGCUGGGGAGGCACAGCCUUAGGGGAGGGGUUAGCAGCCAGCUUCACCGGGCCUGGUGUCACGGUCUUCACUAUGGAGAGAGGGCGGAGGAGAGAUGUACAGAAAGCACCCAGGCCAAGCAGCCCCCCCCCCCACUCCCCCCUCCCCGCUUCCAGCAGUGUGGCCGAGAUUCCUGGCAGCCAGCCCUCUGCCCCCGGUCCGACAGAUUCCAGCCGGGCACAGCCAUUCCACAACCUGCGGCGCGAGGGCUACACGGUGCAGGUGAACGUGAACGACUACCUGGACAUCUACUGCCCGCACUACAACGGCUCGGGCCCGGGCGGCGCGGAGCAGUACGUGCUGUACAUGGUGAGCCGCGCCGGCUACCGCGCCUGCAACGCCAGCCAGGGCUUCAAGCGCUGGGAGUGCAACCGGCCGCGCGCCGCCCACAGCCCCAUCAAGUUCUCCGAGAAGUUCCAGCGCUACAGCGCCUUCUCCCUGGGCUACGAGUUCCACGCGGGCCACGAGUACUACUACAUCUCCACGCCCACCCACAACCUGCACUGGAAGUGUCUGAGGAUGAAGGUGUUCGUCUGCUGCGCCUCCACAGCGCACUCCGGGGAGAAGCCGGUCCCCACUCUCCCCCCGUUCACCAUGGGCCCCAAUGUGAAGAUCAACGUGCUGGAGGACUUCGAGGGGGAGAACGCCCAGGUGCCCAAGCUUGAGAAGAGCAUCAGCGGGACCAGCCCCAAGCGGGAACACCUGCCCCUGGCGGUGGGCAUCGCCUUCUUCCUCAUGACGCUCCUGGCCUCCUAGCUCUGCCCGCUCCUCCAUGCGGGGGACGGGGGACGGGGCGGGGGCGGGCCCAGACAGGGAGACCUUGGCCUCUCCCAGGGAAGCCUUGGCCAGAGGCCUAGACCCCCCCUCCGGCGGCUGGAAGUGGGGUGUCUGCACCAUACACCCGCGCCGUCCCUCUGCCCCCUCCCUCCGCGCGUCACUAGCGGGCCAGGCGCAGGGACAGCCGCGGGCCCCCGUGGCCUGACGGCUUGGGCGAUGGUUUGGUACCAAACGGGGGGAGGGGGCCAUCAAAGGUAGUGCUCAGGACUCCCUGACCCCUGGCACCUUUCUCUGACCCCGGCGCCCCCCUCUUCGCUCCCCCGGAGAGACCAACGUGCCCCAAAGAGAGCAAACGGAAGCGUGGGGGACGCCCCCACCCACCCCUCUCUCCCAGGGGCAGGGCGCCGGGAGGGGACCAGGUGGGCGAGGGGGUGGCACCGGCCGCCGCCCCUACCCUGUUUACAGCAAUAAGCACGUCCUCCUCCCCCCACGCCCACCCCCAGGACUGUGGUUUGGAUGGAAUCCAAGUUUACAAGCAGCACCCCUGGGGGGUGGGCAGUGGCAGAGGGUGACAAGGGGUGGGCACCGGGUGCCAGGCAGACAGACAUGUACAGCUCUAUCUCUCUAUAUAUAAUGUACAGACAGACAGUCCCUCCCCUCCUCACCCCCAGCCUCCCCUGACCCCCCCUUCCAACCUCGGGCCCCCUCCCCACCAGGCUCGGCCCCCUCCCCACCGGGGGCCCCCUGGCCCCUCUUCUGUCUUCCGUGAAGACAAGACCUAUGCAACGCACAGACACUUUUGGAGACCGUGAGACACCGCGCCCGUCCCCCUCCAGCCCCGAGCCGGGCCCCAGCUCCCGGGACCUGCCUCGUCCAUCUCUGUGGUCCCCACCCAUCCUCCUGGGCCUUUUUCAAGUGCUUUGGCUGUGACUUUCAUACUCUGCUCUUAGUCUAAAAAAAUAAACUGGAGA